CACAGACAAGCCUUGAAGUGACUUCCAAAGGUUGAAACGUAAAGUUUGUACAGAUCUGUAUCAAUACCUUUCGGACUGCUCCUUAGCUUGCCAGCUGAGCAUAUUCAAUUAACCUUUCGCAAAAAUGAUGCCAAUGAUGGGAAUGCAACCUCAAAUCAUCCUUCUAAAGGAGGGGACGGAUACAAGCCAGGGCAAGCCACAGCUCAUUAGCAAUAUCAACGCAUGCAUGGCCGUGGUCGAUACCGUUCGGACAACCCUGGGGCCUCGUGGAAUGGACAAGUUGAUACACGGCGACAAGGGCGUAACAAUUUCAAACGAUGGAGCGACGAUUAUGAAGCUACUCGACAUUGUGCAUCCAGCAGCGAAAAGCCUGGUGGACGUGUCUCUGGCCCAGGAUGCAGAGGUCGGGGAUGGUACCACCAGCGUGGUGAUCUUGGCAGGGGAGUUCUUAAAGGAGGCCAAGCCGUUCAUUGAGGAGGGCGUGCAUCCCCGUAGCCUCAUCAAGAGCUUCCGCCAGGCCGCCGUCCUGGCCGUCCAGCGGUUGAAGGAUCAGGCCAUCAGCCUCGAGGAGAAGUCGAUGGAGGAAAAGAAGGACCUGCUGAAGAAGUGCGCAAUGACUACGCUGAACAGCAAGCUGGUGAGCGGCGAGAAGGAGUUUUUCGCGCAGAUGGUGGUGGACGCGGUGUCCAAGCUGGACCCGUCAACGCUGGACCUUAAGAUGAUUGGCAUUAAGAAGGUCCAGGGAGGUGGUCUGCGCGACUCUUUCCUGGUUGAUGGCGUGGCGUUUAAGAAGACCUUCUCCUAUGCGGGCUUCGAGCAACAGCCCAAGUCCUUCACAAACCCCAAAAUCCUGGUGCUCAACAUUGAGCUGGAGCUCAAGGCGGAGAAGGAAAACGCUGAGAUCCGGCUGGAUGACCCCGCCAAGUACCAGUCCAUUGUGGAUGCGGAGUGGAACAUCAUCUACGACAAGCUGGCCAAGUGUGUAGCCAGCGGUGCGAAUAUCGUGUUGUCGCGACUGGCCAUCGGCGACCUAGCCACCCAGUACUUUGCCGACCGCAACAUCUUCUGCGCCGGCCGCGUCGAGACGGGCGACAUGGAGCGCGUCACCAAGGCGACUGGCGCCAAGGUGCAGACGACGGUUAACAAUCUUGACCCCGCAGUGUUGGGCACAUGCGCCCGCUUCGAGGAGCGCCAGGUGGGUGCUGAGCGCUACAACCUGUUCACUGGUUGCCCGGAGGCCCGCACCGCGACCCUGGUGCUGCGUGGCGGCUCGGAGCAGUUCAUUGACGAGGCGGACCGCUCACUGCACGACGCCAUCAUGAUUGUGCGCCGCGCACUCAAGCACGCGCAGGUGGUCCCAGGCGGUGGCGCCAUUGAGAUGGAGCUCAGCAAGUACCUGAGCGAGUACAGCUUGCAGUUCACCAAUAAGGCAAGCUCCCAGUUGUUCAUCAAGGCUUACGCCAAGGCACUGGAGGUGAUCCCGCGGCAGCUCUGCAACAACGCCGGCUUCGACGCCACGGAUGUGCUCAACAAGCUGCGCCAAAAGCACGCUCUUGCAGACGGUUCUGGCAAGAACUUUGGCGUGGACGUCAACACAGGCGGCGUGUGCGACACGUUUGAGGCGUUUGUGUGGGAGCCGGCGCUAGUUAAGAUCAACGCAAUUCAGGCCGCUACGGAGGCUGCAUGCCUGAUCCUGUCGGUGGACGAGACGGUGCGCAACCCCAAGAGCGAGGUGCCCGACGCAGCGAGCGGUGCAGCAGCACAGGCCGCCAUCACGGGCGCCGGCGGGCGGGGCCGGGGGAGGGGCGCCAUGCGUGGGCGUGGCAUGCGGAGAUGAGGAGCGAGCUGGGGGCGGCGGGGCUUGUGGGUUGUGGGCAGGUCUGGUCGUGUUGGCAGGUGCUGCGGAGCUUUCCUUUUAGCCAAGGUGCCAUUGCAAAAAGGAAGUGCAUGAAGGCAGGGAAAUGGGGAGGGAUUGAUUUGGGAUGUGGCUUGGGGCGGGGGUUCGUACGGCAGAUUGAUGCGACAGCGCUAUUGUCCUGCAGGUUGCGCUAGUCCGGGCUUGUCAUGCGUGUGCCCCCGCCGACAUCUUAGGAUUGGACUCUCGGGUGGCUAUAGGUCCUUGCUUGGCAGCUUCACGUUUAUAAAUAUACAUGAGCACGGUAGGCUGCAGUUACCUGCAGUACGGAGGUGACGUGGCGGAAUGUAUGCGCAAGCACGGGGUCACGGAACCCCGUAGCUAAUCCUCGUGUCAUGUUGGAAUAGAAGCAACAUUCAAACAAGUGUUUGGCCCGUGGUUGGCCCGGCUUUAACAUGCUUUAAUUUUUUCGGUUG